AUCCAGAUAGACAAUCGUGAGCUGUUGGUUGGGGAUUGCCUUGCGCUCACAUCCUUUUGCCUGUACAAACAGAUAACAUCGCUGCUCUUCCUCCCAGACUUUCCUGGAUGGACGGCGCCGCUGCACUUCAACCCAGUCCGCUUUGAGGAGCUGCUAAUCUUCAUAUUCACUCUGUGCGUGUCAUGGGUCAGCGCCUGUGGCAUCCUGGGCGGCUACAAGACUGUGGCCACCUCUGAUCUGCCCACUGCAUUGGCGCGGGUGAGUGGGGCAUGGUUGAUUGCCAUGCCGAUUGCUGCAUGCAACCUGAUCCUGGUCACGGCUGCGGAAGGGAAUGACCUUGUUGGGGACUCCUUCUUUGGCCACGUGCUACCCCUGGCAGCCAGAGGCACAGGGGAGCCUUUUGUGACUGCAGCUGGUGUCCUGGGGCUUAUGGCGGUGUGGAGAGCGUUUUACACAGUGUUUCUGGAU